GCGAGGGGUUUUCCCAAGGGAACUGCGUUUAUGAAGAAGGUACCGACCUCUGUGUGCAGAAGCCCGUGCCUGCGACGACCCCGCCCGCGCCGACUCCUUCUAGUUCUUCCAGUAGUAGCAGCACUAUCCAGUGUAGAUGAAACGUUUCCACUUCAGAGUUGUCAUUCGUAUUCGCAUGCCCAGAUGGUAUUUCAUGCGCAGAAGUCCCAUGGUGAGCAUUUUCUCAUGCUGUCUGGGAUUUUGUCAUGCUGUAUCCAGGAUAAGAUGGCCAAUUUGUCGUGACGCGGCUGCACUAGCUAACCAGUAGUACACGAGGGGCCCAAAGUAAAAGUUGUUGUGCGCAACAACCAAAGCUUACUGAUUUGUGUAGUAGCAGCAUAAAGAUUUUUCCCACCUUGUUCUUGACUCUGAGAUGUUGAGGAUGUCUUUCCACAGGAUAUUAAGCACCACGGCAGAUCCAGCAGGGGAGGGACAAUCAACGACGCCGACGGCAGCUGGCGAUACUACAACUAGCACUACAACCACCACGGUUGACCACGGCAGCUCUUCUCCCCAGGACUCUUCUUCCGGCACUGGCGAUAGUAGUACUGGGGAAAGCAUAAGCGAUUCGCCUCCCGCCGGCGCCGCGGCGCGGGCGUUGACAGACGAGGAAGCGGCGGCCGCAGCGGCGGCGGGACUCGACGGGGCAGGACUACCCACCACGCAGCUGUGGCUGAUUAUCGGGGGGAUCGUGCUUUUGUUCGUGCUAUCCAAUGCAAAUAUGUCUGGGUCUGGAAACUUGUGAUGCUGGCUUGCUCAGCAUGACAAGUUUCUGAGUUUCUAGGUGUUGCCUAUUCUGCAUGACAAACUGCGUUUCUGCAUGACAGACAAGUGCGGCUCUUGGGUAACGUGCAUGACACACUUGAGAGUCAUGCCAGACAAGCAUGACAAACAUGCAUUCUUCCAGACCCAGACAUAUUUGCAAUGCAUACGUGAUCUGUGGCGUUAUGGUGGCGUACGGGCUGGGGGGUGGUCAUCAUGAUGAGGAACACUAUUAUGAUAUCCUGAGUAAAAACAUCCCCACCCCAUAGUUGUCAUGCAGCUUUGCGAUUACAGGAAGAUUUGUAAUGCGCAUCUCCAUGAGAGGCAUUUCCAAUCGCGUUCUGGGAUUUGUAAUGCUGUAAACAGGAUAAGCAGAUGGAUUUGUGAUGCGGUUGUCCUUGCUAACAUGCACUACACUACGGACUGCAACUUGUCAUGCGUGGCUCCCAAAACUUCUGGAUUUGUGUUGCUAAGUUCCGAACUUGACUAUGGGGUGGGGACGUUUUUACUUACGAUAUAUGACGACGGAACUGAGCAGGGCGAUGAAGACAACUACGGUUUUCACAACAACGAUCAGAGUCCUUAUCAUGGCGGCGCACCAGCAUACAACAAAGGCGGCGCGUCUGUUUACGGAGGUGGACAAUACAGCACUUUUUACGGCGGAAAGAACAAGGGCAGCUACCACGACGACUCUUAUGAAAGCGGCUACGGAGCAGGUGCCGAUUCGUACUACAGUGGGGCCGCGGCUCCGCCCCGUGGCCCGAGCGCACGUGGGGCGCCAAUUAACACCAGCUACCGGGCGGCGUCUGCGCGGGGGCCGAGCAAAGCUAUGGGGGGGAAAGGGAAAGGAGGGGGUGGGUACAAUUCGUGGUACUAA